AUGUCACCACAAUAUUUCUUCCAAGAAGUAUCAUGGCCAUUAAUAACAAGGGCACUCAAGGAACAUUUAUCUUUUUUGGCACGACAUCGUGCUUCAGGCGAAAUCAUCGGUGCUAUUUUUGCUCAUGACAUUUAUAUGGCGCGUAAGGAACAUCCAUAUAAUGCUACUAGUUCUCCAGCAACAAUACCUUUUGUCGAUUUACUCGACGAAAUGGAUCAUAUUUUUGUUUGUCAAGACUUUGGCCAAGAAUUGAAGCCCAACAUGGUCUUACAAAUUACUACAGGUGCAACGCGAGCUGCUCAUUGUGGUAAAGGUGUGGCUAGUCGAUUGCGUGCAGCUAUGUGUGAUCAUGCUCGAGAUACAAAAGGAUUUCAAUAUGCACUUGUGCAGGUAUCGAAUCCGGCAACUCGUCAUAUCUAUACAAAAAAGAUGGGUGGGAAAGAAUUGACAAUCAUCGACCCAAGAACGUGGAUGUGGAAAAAGAAAGAUGAUGGAUUAUCACGUCCAUACAAGAAUUAUGAAGGUGGUUCUAUACCGAAUAUUCUUAUAAAGCUGACACCAGCCGAAGAGAAGUAA